CGUGAAGCUGUAAUGAAGUUAACAGCUUUCCGUUCCUGCAAUUUCCGAAUUCAUAGAUAGAUGGCCGCAGACUUCACAAGCACGAUUUUAAGUGAUGAUAUUUUAAUCGUGGAAAAAGAGGAUAUAAAAAAUGUCGAAGAGGGAGUACCACUGAUCUUUGAAGUUGGCGAUGGAAAAAUUUCAGUUGUGGAGGAACUGGUUACUUCUGGCGAAAGUCUCGAAAGUAUCUCGCCAGCCAGCACUCGUGAAGAUGAUAUUGAGCAAGAAAUAGAAGAAGAACUUGCAAAUAAUCUUACAACUAUAAGAAGAGUAUAUUUUCAACCAGAGUUUAUUUCAACGGAUUUCGUGAGAAAAGUAUGGACUGCAUUUCUGACGUUCCAUGUUUUCGUUAUUCCUGCUAUAAUUGGAAUGAUCCUAAGCGUCGUUACCAGACUCGGUAUUCCAGAAUUAAACGAUCCUUAUCAGGAUAUAAAGUACAGCGUGAUGAUCGGUUUCUUAGGAUCUUCUGUACUGGUUGGCCUUCCCUUUCAUAUGCUGGCAUUGGCUGAUUUGGAAGACACAGUCAACGACGUGAUGCUGCAGGCACAGACGGAUGGAAGCGAGAGGAACACAAAUCGUGAAUCUUCCAUUCAUUCUGACUCAGACGACACACUUGAUAGCCCGCCAUACUUCUAACUGCUGACUGAAUGUCCAAAAUAUGAUAUCAUUAGAACAACGAGCUUCAAUAAAUCAAUUCAGCUUUUUCCCAUCUUGCCAAUCGAUGUCGCAAUCAAGAAAUUUUAUUAUAUAGAAUAUUCUAUGGCUAUAAAGUAAUUGCUGAUUUAUAUUAUUUUGAAA